CUAAUGCAUAAAAUACUGUUAUAAGAAGCAAGUUAAUACAGUUGUUUUUUACGUGACCAUCAUGAAAACAUAUUUAAUAAUAAUAACUGUGAUUGUUGCAUGUUCCUCGGAGCCACAUUGCUCUAAAUUUCACUAUGAGGAAAAAAUGCUAGAAAAGAUGAUCAGGACAGAAAUUCUUGUUGAAAACAUGAAGAAACAAAUAGAUGACAUGGAAACAAGAAUUACCGGGGCAUUAGCCAAGCUAAGUGAAGAUACAGCCACUUGGAAAGGUGAAAUAGAAACAAUGCAAGAAAGCAGUAAGACAAACCUUAUCACAUUACAAGAGAAAGCAAAGAGCGAGUUAGACAAAAAUAUGCAAGCAGUGCAAGACCUUAAAGAUAAAGUUGUGUCACCAAAUAUUGCCUUUCAUGCGAAGAACAUUAAAAAUGGAAGUCCCGCAAAUGGCGAAACCAUUGUAUUCACUGACAUCCUCCUUAACCUUGGCGAGAGUUACAAUACUGAUACUGGAGUAUUUACAGUUCCACUUGGAGGCAUUUAUCUGUUUACUGUUCAGUUAUGUAUUGAUCAAAGUAAAAGAAUUGAUUACGGAUUAGUGGUUGAUGGUGUUUAUAUGGAUAUUGCAAGGCAUCAAGACAACUAUAGUAGUGUUUGCUGCUUCAAGUUAACUACAACAAUCCCAGUACAGUCAGGAAAGAAAGUUUGGGUAAAGGUCAUAUCUCAAACAAGUAGCGGCCAGAUUUUAUUUCACACUGACACAAAUUAUUGGACAUCAUUUUCCGGAGUUCUUAUUCAUACAGAUUAAUUCAGUAUGUAAAAAUUGACGAAUACAUAUGAAGAAAUAUAGCAUUGACUUAAUAAUACUUAACCGUUUGGAAUGUUUUAAUUAAUGUUUUAACUGAAAUGUCUUCUAUUUUGUUUUCGCUGGAUAACAGUGCUUAUUUUUAUAUAAUACUUAAAAAUAUUAUACAUGUAAUUAAUUGUAAUGAUUUAAAUUAUGGUAUAUUUAUGGUAUAUUUUCACAAAAAAUAAUGAACAAUUGUUUCAAUGGACGAACAAUUUUGAUAGCGAAAUAAGAACAUCAAUCAUAAACAAAUGGAAAUGUCAGCAGACCGUCUACACUCCAUUAAAUGUAUGUAAAAAUGUGAAAAAGAUAUUGCAAACACACAUAUGUUAAGAUGAUAUACUAAUUUUCAAAUCUUAUCAAAUUAUCUUAAUAAAAAUAUGUAUGUAAAACAAUAGAAAACAUAUAAGCACGUACCUGUAGGAUCCAAUUAAACAUGUAUUUCACUUAUGAGCACCAGUAAUUAUUCAUAUUUCACACUUAAGUUAUAAUCUUGAACAACAGCAGUUAAUUAUAUGCCACUCAUGAGCCCCAGUUGUUACAUUUUCAAAAAUCAUAAAAAUAUUGUUUCCCCUGCUUCUUUUUUUCUAUCUAUUUUCUUUAAUUUGUAAACCAGUAAAAAUAUAUUUCUGAUUCCAUAAGGGAAUAGGGGUAUGUGUGUUUGUAUGAUUUGUUACAACGUUCGAAAAAAAGCCAAAUUAAUAUUGGCCGUGAUUAUCAAACUUCAAGGGAGUAUAAGUAAUUUAACAGUAAACACAGGUAGUGGUCAACAGUAAUUAUCAAUCCUCCAUAGGAAGGUUGAAAAACGUAAGUCUACCAUGAACAUUAUUUCCGGAAGUUCAGCUUGAUUACAAAAUUA